CUACUCCUCUUCAGUGUUCGGAAAAGUUUCGUUCGAAGUUUUGAAAAGAAGCUUUUCAGAGCCAGAAAAAAAAAGCGCUUCCAACCAAAAAUCGAUUCCACUUCGAAGAAGAAGAAAACAUGUCAAGUAAACUGAAGGUGGAGGAACUGCGAGCUCACCUCCAACAACGUGGACUCGCCACUACUGGAACAAAACCCACUCUGGUUCGGAGACUUGACGCUGCACUUCGCAAAGAAGCUAAGGAAAAUUCUGUUGGUAAUGCUGAUGGUUCUGGGUAUGGUGUUGGUGCUGAUGGUGAUACUUUGUUAUUGGCGGGUAAUAAGAGAGUGAGAGAGAGUGAAGGUGAUGAUGGUGAGAAUGGUGACUCUAAUCGUGGUAACAAAAUCACUUCCAUUGAGGAGCUUCGUGAGUUGAGUGUUCAGCAGCUUCGACAACAAGCUUCCCUUCAUGGAAUUCCGGCCUCUGGUUCCAAGAAACAGUUGGUUGAAAGAAUCUCUCAGCUGUUGCGAAAGGGUUCUGAUAAUGUAGAGGAUGAGGAGGCUACAUCAUGUAAAGAAGAGGAAAAGAUAGUGACUGCAACCAAAAAGGGUGCUGCUAUUCUUGAUCAGUGGCUGCCGGAUCAUAUCAAAUCACAGUAUCAUGUUCUGCAACUGGGUGGUGAAGUCUAUGAUGCCAUGUUAAACCAGACAAAUGUUGGGGACAACAAUAACAAGUUCUAUGUGAUUCAAGUUCUUGAAUCCGAUGAUGGCAGUAAAUUUCUUGUUUACAAUAGAUGGGGAAGGGUAGGUGUAAAGGGUCAAGACAAGAUACACGGACCUUUCACAUCAAGUGCGCAUGCCAUUGUAGAGUUUGAAGAUAAGUUUUUGGCCAAGACCAAGAAUGCUUGGUCUGAUAGGAAAAACUUUAUUUGCUACCCAAAGAGUUAUGUAUGGUUGGAAAUGGAUUACAGCAGCAAGGAAGAAGAAUCUACAGUCACAGAAAGUGCUGGCCAUGAAUUGAAAAAGCAACCUCUGGAAUCAAAACUUGAGCCUUGUGUUGCAAAGUUUAUAUCUCUUGUUUGCAAUGUGAGCAUGAUGAAUCAGCAAAUGAUGGAAAUAGGGUAUAAUGCAAACAAGUUGCCCCUUGGAAAACUUAGCAAAUCAACAAUUCUAAAGGGCUAUGAAGUUCUCAAAAGACUUGCUGAUGUGAUUGAUAAAUCUGAUAGGAGAGCCCUUGAGCAAUUAAGUGGAGAAUUUUACACUGUAAUUCCUCAUGAUUUUGGAUUCAGAAAAAUGCGAGACUUUGUUAUCGACACCCCUCAAAAGUUAAAGCGAAAGUUGGAAAUGGUUGAAGCUCUUGCUGAAAUUGAGGUUGCGACAAAGCUAUUGAAGGAGGAUAAAGAAAUGCAGGGAGAUCCCCUUUAUGCACAUUAUCAACGCCUUCAUUGUGAACUCUUACCAGUUGAAUCUGGUAGCAAGGAAUUCUCCAUGAUUGAAAGAUAUAUGAAGAACACUCAUGCAGAAACACAUUCAAACUAUUCAGUGGAAAUUGUUCAAAUAUUCAGGACUUCAAAAGAAGGAGAGGCUGAACGCUUCAAAAAGUUUUGCGGCACAAAAAAUAGGAUGCUUUUGUGGCAUGGUUCUCGGCUCUCAAACUGGACUGGAAUUUUAUCUCAAGGUUUACGCAUAGCUCCACCUGAGGCACCUGUAACCGGAUACAUGUUUGGGAAGGGGGUAUACUUUGCUGACAUGUUCUCCAAAAGUGCAAAUUAUUGCUAUGCUACUCAUACCGCUACAGAUGGAGUGCUCCUUUUAUGUGAGGUUGCACUUGGUGACAUGGCUGAAUUUCUAACAGCAAAGUAUGAUGCUGAUAAGUUGCCUGAAGGAAAACUUAGCACAAAAGGAGUAGGAGGAACAUCACCAGAUUUUUCUGAAGCCCAGGCACUUGAGGACGGGGUCGUUGUUCCCCUAGGAAAUCCCAAGAAAAAUCCAAGCUUUAAGGGUUCUCUUUUGUACAAUGAGUACAUUGUUUAUAAUGUGGAACAAAUUAAGAUGCGCUAUGUUGUUCAUGUAAAUUUCAACUUUAAGCCAAGACACUAAUGGUAAAAAAUGUAUGAACUUAUAUAUAUCUUUACUGAGAGAAAGGUUUGUACUUUUUCUGCUAUUUUGAGGAAAAAUGUUUUAAACAAGGGUAAAAAAAUGUUAUGCCCUCAUUGAAUUAGAAUAUGGUUUACCAUUAUAAACUACACAUAUUAGUGAGUGGUUUAUAACUGACAA